AUGGAGGAGUCAAAGAAGCAGGCUUGCAGCCUCUCAAGUUUCCUGAUCAGCUUGCUAAUCAUUAUCCCCUUGGUUUAUUGUGCAUUUUUCCAGCUUGAUCAAUGGAAGGCAAAUUUAGCAAAUUGGAAUAGUAAUCUUGGCUUUGAGAACAAGUUGGAUGAAGGUGCACCAGAGCAAGAACCCCUGAAAUUUCUUCUCAGAAGGCUACUAAGAGGAGAGCAGAGGAUCCAAUUCGAAGACACUGGAUUUGCUUAUCCAUCUGAAUUACAUUCUGAUAUCUACGUUUCCAGUAAACAAGUAAGGUUCGACACCAAUUCUUCCAAAAUUUAUAUACAUGCCAAUCAGGCAGCGGCAAUACACAUAGUUCGGCCGUAUGCACUAAAAGGAGAUGAGGCGCCAAUCCAGUUGAUUUCACCUGUUGAGAUACAGCAUGGAAACACCACUCCACCUGCUUGCAAUCACUAUCAUGACGCCCCGGCCAUGGUUUUCUCCUCUGGUGGAUUCGUCGGGAAUAUAUUCCAUGAAUUCAACGAUGUCCUUGUUCCUCUGUUCAUUACGAGCAGGCACUUUCGAUCCCACGUAAUAUUUAUGGUUACUGGUUUCCAGCAUUGGUUUUUCAACAAGUACAAGAAAAUAUUCUCCCAGUUAUCGCGUUAUGAAGCUAUAAAUGCAGCUGAAACUGCAAAUGGGACCGUUCAUUGCUUUCCAGGAGCAGUGAUAGGGCUGAAGUAUCAUGACAAUUUGUAUUUGAACAGGAGUGACGUUCCCGGGGGUUAUUCCAUGUUUGAAUUCAGGGAUUUCCUCGUAAAAUCAUUUGACUUCAACAUAAAGAAAGUCUCCCAGCUGAUUGAGGAGGAAAAGCCAAAAUUGCUGCUUCUGUCGCGUGCAAAAACAAGAAAAAUCCUGAAUCAGGUUGAGGUGGUAAAGCUUAUGGAGGAGUUGGGUUUCCGAGUGGUUCCUGCUACGCUGGAUAUGAUGAUGAAUUUUGAGGAAUUUGCUCAUAUUGUGAACAAUUGCAGCGUUAUUGUUGGAGUUCAUGGUGCCGGGCUAACAAAUGAACUGUUCUUGCCUAAUGGAGCUGUGGUAAUUCAGGUGGUUCCUCUGGGUCUUGAUUGGCCUGGAAAUGCCUGCUUUGGCGGGCCAGCGGUUGACAUGGGUUUGCAAUACCUGGAAUACAAAAUUGAACCUCAAGAGAGCUCGCUCUAUGAUUUGUAUGCUCCGGAUCAUCCUGUGACUGCCGACCCUGAAUCCAUGAAGGCACAGGGUUAUCAAGCUUUCGGGGCUAUAUAUAUUGAUAAGCAGGAUGUCAAAAUCAAUGUUGAAAGAUUCAGGAAGACACUUGUUGAAACAAUGAGACUUCUUGGACGCCCAACAAAUCCUCUGCCUUGA